GCCAACAAUAAGCUGAAAAGACGGUUCACCCCAAUGUUCCUAAAUGGUCUUUGUUUUGGGUUCGUUGAUCGCCCUCAAUCGGUACAUUUUCUGAAAAAGGAAUUCUAAACAUAUGUGUAACAGGUAUGUCUCUACUCAACGUCUAUUUCAUUAGCACGUUUAGAUACCCCCCUUGCAAUUAUCCAGCAAGCUUGUUUAGUAGCUAGAAUGAAUGUUAGUUGUCUGUAGCCCUUCCUACCACCAAACGUCUUUGUGGUGUUGUGAUAACAAUCAGUUUGCCAAAUCUAAAGGCCGAUAGUUUACCAAUACUCCUACUGUGGUAAAUUAAAGCGUAAAGGCAUAUAAUUGUAGCUAACAGCAACAUGAAUAUUAAUUUAUUGAAGUAAAUCCUCGUAAAGAUGGAAGAAAAGCAGUAUACGUCACUGACGGUUCCUACGGAUUAUCUCCAACAGUGGUGAGUUGUCCUCCGAACACAUUGGUGUUGGAGGUUUUGCAUAAAAUACAAUUGUUGUGGAGUGUCAGUGUUUUAGGUCUCCAUCAACAUGUAUGAAAUAAAGGGCAUUUUGCAACAACUGACAAAACAGUUCCUAUCGCCAAGGCCUACAGUAGGCUAUGUAUCAUCAUCAUCAUCAUCAUCAGACAAAGCAUGCUUCUUCCUGCAACACUGUAUUUUUAAGAUUAAGAUGCAAUUCUGGUCCUGUGAAGACAGACAGGAAGAAGGGCAGACAAGCAGACAUCUCUACAUGGUAUACAUGAUUAAAUAAAUAUUUGCAAAGAAAAAAAAACGGAUUGGAAGUUUAUAUGCAAAGUUACUCUGUGGAUUCAGAGUAUGAGGCAACACGUCAUUAAUAGGCCAUUUACAUUUAACUAAAGUAAUCCUAGACCUUAAAAAUAUGCAUACUUACAACAUGAUCAUUAAUAGCACACACCCAUAUCAAAUAAUUGGCCCAAGAGUAGGGCCAUGAAUGUUUUCAGACCAGGAAACACGAGACGUCAAACCAAUGUGUGUGAAAAAAAUUAUUCUAUGAAGGUUGCUGUCAUAUUUGUUGAUGUAAACUCAUAUACUGGGUUCCUAGGAGCAUGAACCAUUUCUCUAUGUACCCUCAGUCCAUUGUGUGUAAUUUCUUUGCCUCCCGUUCUGUCACCUCUCUGGACAAACCCCAUUGAAAACAAAAGAAGAUGGUGUCACCCCAGUCUGUUCCUUUGUCUUCUGGACCUGUAGGUACCAGUCCACCCAGCAGCACCCCCAAGCUCAACAUGUGAUGCAGUACCAUAACACGGGUCAUAUCAGUCAUUACAUGGAGGGAUCCAGAGAGGACCGGGUCAUGACGGAGCUGUCUGUUCACCAGGACCUCCCUGUCCACCAAGAGCUGGACUUCCAUCAUGACUUCCACCAAGAGCCAAUCGUCCAACACGAUCAGCCUGUGGAUACAUCACAAGGUAUGUGAUGACCGCCCUCCCCCUACUUAGCCAUGCCGUCUGCCAUGUUUGCGUGGUAAAUAUUUGCACAGCUCUAUUUGUCGCUGUGCUCUCCUCCACGUGCACACAUUUCCCCAGUCCCCACCACCCUGGUAUUAACAUGAACUGACCUGUCCUCAUGCAGUGCUUUUCCACUAAUCAAUUCAAUUAUAUUUGUCCAGCACCCUUCACAGAAUCAUUGGGCUUGUCUGAGAUUGACUGUUUGCAGUCGGACUGCACAGGAUCACUGAUUUAUAAAUCCCCUUUUCUUUCCAGAUUUCCACUCAUUAUGUGAUCAAGAUGAGCGAUUUCUAAACCUCGCCUCAAAUGGAUUCCCCUCAAACUUGUUAAUUUUCUCUUUUAGCUCCGACGCCAGGGAAGAGAAAGAGAGGUCGGCCUCCGAAACAGAAGCCGGGGGAGGGCCAACCGCAGGAAGACUACGAUCAGGCAGAGGCCCUGAAGAAAGCCAAAAGGACCCUUAACCGUUUCAAUGGCAUGUCAGUGGAUGAGGUUAUGGCCAAAACCCUGCCAGACAUUAUUGACCACAACCUGGACAUUUUGAUAGUGAGUGUUGACGUCAUUUAAUUUGUGACAUUUUCAGAGUGGGAAUGUUGAGUAUGACUGUUGAUGUAAAGUUUGGCUACAUUUGUUUUAUCUGUACCAUUAUUAAUGAUAGCCCAUGGAUCACACACCAUUCUACUGUAAUGAUAGCCCAUGGAUCAAACACCAUUCUACUCUAAUGAUAACCCAUGGAUCAAACACCAUUCUACCCUAAUGAUAGCCCAUGGAUCACACACCAUUCUACUGUAAUGAUAGCCCAUGGAUCACACACCAUUCUACCCUAUUGAUAACCCAUGGAUCAAACACCAUUCUACCCUAAUGAUAGCCCAUGGAUCGAUCAAACAACUUUUCAUUAGAUUAAACCCAUGUAUUACAUGUGUUGUGGAUUUGAAUCAAAUCUAAAAUGACUCUUCAUUCUCUAGCAUGUUGCAAUAAUAAGGUAUUUUAUGAUCCCUUUCUCAGAUUGGUAUCAAUCCAGGACUGUUGUCAGCCUACAAGGGACGACAUUACCCAAACCCAGGAAACCAUUUUUGUAUGUAGCACUCAGUAUAAUCACUUCUAUUUCUAUACAUACAGAAUCUAAAUGACGUAAAUGUAAAUGAAAUGUAAAUACUGUAAUACCACAUACUGACUGCCUGAUUAGGGUCAUGUUCAUUAGGGCACAGCGUAGCAAAACAUUGUGCAACAGAAAACAAAAACAAACUGUUCUUGUUGGACAAGAUGAGACGGUACCUCCCUCUUUAACUCGUUUGAGAACGCUUCCUUCCGUUUCGUGCCUAGUGAACACGAACCCAUGUUGUUAGUAACGUUAUGAUAAAAGUGAUUGAGCUUGUUCUUGUUUUGGACCUUAGGGAAAUGCCUGUUCCUCUCUGGUCUCACUGAUGAGCAGCUCAACCACACGCACGAUCUGAGCCUACCGGAGAAGUAUGGCAUUGGCUUUACCAACAUGGUGGAGAGAACAACGCCAGGAAGCAAAGACCUCUCAAGGUGUCAAACCCUUAAAAAAAAAAAAAAAAAAAAAGUAUAGUAAUUGUCAAGCGUAUGUUAUUUAACGUGCCAUAAUAAUAGUUAGAAGUUAUAGUAAUAAAAAAAAGCACAGAUGUCAUUAAACAUCCAUGAUGCAUUUUCUUUCUAGUUUAGAAUUGUCGUCAUGAUUAUUGGUUGUUCAUUGUCUAGGCUAACGUUGUUACUGUUUCCACAGCAAAGAGUUUCGUGAAGGAGGCCGGCAGUUGGUAGAGAAGCUGAAGAAAUACAAGCCACUAAUCGCAGCUUUCAAUGGAAAAUGUGAGCAGAUUUUAUAUACCGUAUAUGUUUUUGUAUUAUUUCCCCUUUAUUUAACCAGGUAAGCCAGUUGAGAACAAUUUCUCAUUUACAACUGCGACCUGGCCAAGAUAAAGCAAAGCAGUGCGAUUAAAAAAACAACAACAACACAGAGUUACAUAUGGGGUAAAACAAAACAUAAAGUCAAAAAUACAACAGAAAAUAUAUAUACAGUGUGUGCAAAUGUAGCAAGUUAUGGAGGUAAGGCAAUAAAUAGGCCAUAGUGCAAUAGGCCAUAGUGCAAAAUAAUUACAAUUUAGUAUUAACACUGGAAUGAUAGAUGUGCAAGAGGUGAUGUGAUAUCAGCAAUUACUAUUAUAGUUUGUUUUGUCUUUUACAGAUAAAACUGAAAUACUUGUCAUAUCGACAAAAGCUUGAGACCUACAUAAUUUCAUGAUGAUAUUAUUUUCAUUGCUCUUCUUUGGCAGGUAUUUACGAAAUUUUCAGCAAAGAGAUCUUUGGAGUGAAGGCAAAGAAACUCGAGUUUGGCUUACAGCCGUACAAAAUCCCAGAAACCGAAACUGUAAGUAGUUUUACCAAAAUACACAGAAAAUAAAUAUAAACGCAACAUAUAAAUUGUUUGUCCCAUGUUUCAUGAGCGGAAAUACAAGUUCCCAGAACAUUUCCAUACGCACAAAAAGCUUAUCUCUCAUUUUGUGCACAACUUUGUUUACAUCCCUGUUAGUGAGCAUUUCUCCUUUGCCAAGAUAAUCCAUCCACCUGACAGGUGUGGCAUAUCAAGAAAAUGAUUAAACAGCAUGAUCAUUACACAGGUGCACCUUGUGCUGGGGACAAUAAAAGGCCACUAAAAUGUGCAGUUUUGUCCCACAACACAAUGCCACAGAUGUCUCAAGUUUUAAGGGAGCGUGCAAUUGGCAUGCUUAUUGCAGGACUGUCCACCAGAGCUGUUGCCAGAUAAUUGAAUGUUCAUUUCUCUACCAUAAGCCUCCUCCAAUAUCGUUUUAGAGAAUUUGGCAGUACCUCCAAUCGGCCUCACAACCGCAGAUUGCGUCGGGUGGGCGAGCGGUUUGCUGAUGUCAACAUUAUGAACAGAGUGCCCCAUGGUGAGGUUAUGGUAUGGGCAGGCAUAAGCUACGGACAACGAACACAACUACAUUUUAUCGAUGGCAAUUAGAAUUUACAGAGAUACUGUGACAAGUACCUGAGGCCCAUUGUCAUGCCAUUCAUAUACUGUCAUCCCCUCAUGUUUCAAAUCACAUUUUAUUUGCCACAUGCGCCGAAUACAACAGGGGUAGACCUUACCGUGAAAUGCUUACUUACAAGCCCUUAACCAACAAUGCAGUUUAUAAGAAAAUAAAAAAGUAAAAAAUAGAUCAGUAAAAAAUUGAAAAGAGAAGAUAUUAAAGAGCAGCAGUAAAAUAAAAUAACAGUAGCGAGGCUAUAUACAGGGGGGUACCGGUGCAGAGUCAAUGUGCAGGGGCACCGGCUAGUCGAGGUAAUUUAGGUAAUAUGUACAUGUGGGUAGAGUUAAAGUGACUAUGCAUAAAUAAUAAACAGUAGCAGCAGCAUAAAAGAGGAGGUUGGGGUGGGGGGGCAAUGCAAAUAGUCCGAGUAGCCAUGAUUAGCUGUUCAGGAGUCUUAUGGCUUGGGGGUAGAAGCUGUUAAGAAGCCUUUUGGACCUAGACUUGGUGCUCCGGUACCGCUUGCCGUGCGGUAGCAGAGAGAACAGUCUAUGACUAGGGUGGCUGGAGUCUUUGACAAUUUUUAGGGCAUUCCUCUGACACUGCCUGGUAUAGAGGUCCUGGAUGGCAGGAAGCUUGGCCCCAAUGAUGUACUGGGCCGUACGCACUACCCUCUGUAGUGCCUUGCGGUCGGAGGCCGAGCAGUUGCCAUACCAGGUGGUGAUGCAACCAGUCAGGUUGCUCUCGAUGGUGCAGCUGUAUAACUUUUUGAGGAUCUGAGGACCCAUGCCAAAUCUUUUCAGUCUCCUGAGGGGGAAUAGGGUUUGUCGUGCCCUCUUCACGACUGUCUUGGUGUGUUUGGACCAUGUUAGUUUGUUGGUGAUGUGGACACCAAGGAAGUUGAAGCUCUCAACCUGUUCCACUACUGCCCCGUCGAUGAGAAUGGGGGGCGUGCUCAGUCCUCUUUUUUUCCCUGUAGUCCACAAUCAUCUCCUUUGUCUUGGUCACGUUGAGGGAGAGGUUGUUAUCCUGUUACCACACAGCCAGGUCUCUGACCUCUUCCCUAUAGGCUGUCUCAUCGUUGGCGGUGAUCAGGCCUACCACUGUUGUGUUGUCGCCAAACUUAAUGAUGAUGUUGGAGUCGUGAUAAUGCACAGCCCCAUGUCGCAAGAAUCUGUACACAAUUCCUGGAAGCUGAAAAUGUCCCAGUUCUUCCAUGGCCUGCAUACUCACCAGACAUGUCACCCAUUGAGAAUGUUUGGGAUGCUCUGGAUCGACAUGUACGACAGCGUGUUCCAGUUCCCGCCAAUAUCCAGCAACUUUUUACAGCCAUUGAAAAGGAGUGGGACAAUAUUCCAUAGGCCACAAUCAACAGCCUGAUCAACUCUAUGUGAAUGAGAUGUGUCACGCUGCAUGAGGCAAAUAGUGGUCACACCAGAUACUGACUGGUUUUCUGAUCCACGCCCCUAUCUUUUUUGUUUGUUUUACCAACAGGCAUAUCUGUAUUCCCAGUCAUCUGAAAUCCAUAGAUUAGGGCCUAAUGAAUUUAUUUCAAUUGACUGAUUUCCUUUAUAUGAACUGUAACUCAGUAAAAAUCUUUGAGAUUGUUGCAUGUUGCGUUUAUAUUUUUGUUCAGUAUAGUAACUAGUUGCACAUGUUUGUAUCCAUUCUCUCAUUGGCUGUUGUUUUGGGGUCUGUUCAAGAGGGUGCAACGUUAUAGAAUUUUCAGAAAUGUAUUGUAGAUCAAGUUUAGCGUAUGUCACGUAGAGCUGGGAGUCAUGCCGGCUCCACACAUUUCUACCUGCAACGUCGCGAAUGUCUUCCUCAUUGAAUACACCCCAGGUGUGCUACUUGAUGCCCUCGUCAAGCCCCCGCUGUGCCCAGUUCCCCCGCGCUCAGGACAAGGUUCACUUCUACAUCAAGCUGAAGGAGCUACGGGACAAGAUCAAGGGUGUACCCCCAGUGGCCCGCGAGGUACAAGAGACGGAGUACCACUUCGACCUGGGACUUGCCAAAGGUAAAAUAAUGGUCAUGCCGGAGUUACUCGCAUUGCCACACUUCAAAGUCUCGUUCAUGUUGCUAUUUCAGAACGAACAUGAGAAAGCCGUUAACUGAAUCUGUGAUAUAUACUGAAUAUAAUGCCAUUGACAAGGCCGUAAUACCCUUAAUGUUAUGCAAAUUAUAUUGUCGUUCGGUUAAAUGAGGGUAUGCGCUCUAGAUUGUCAAUCGUUUCUCAAGGCAGUUCAGUGUUGAAGAUGAGUAACGUUGUAUUUCCUGUAUGACUGCGUUACAGAGGAUGCUAAGAGGAUGGCCAUCAAGGAGGAGCAGGUGGAUCCUGAGUACGAGACCUGUGGCCAGGAGGCAAGGCAAAGCACCAGCUACUGCAACAUUUCCUCCACCAAAGAGACCGGUGAGAGCAGGUUUCUGAAGACGAGUGCUUGUGUUUUUGACUUUCGUUAGUGCACAUGGGCCAUCUGAUGAGGCUGAUCGAGAAAUAGACCCUAAAGAUUAACAACUUACCAUCACUAUUCGUACAGGUUUCGGUUUGUUAAAGGGAUACUUCAGGAUUUGGGCAAUGAAGCUCUUUAUCUACUUCCCCAGAGUAGGAUGAACGUACUGAUACCAUUUUAUGUCUGAAUAUAUAUAUUAUUUUACUCCUUUCAGGAAUGCCCAGUAAGGACCAAGCCCAAGCUACAGCAUUGCGCCACGUGCCAUACGACCAGUGGAUGACACAGUCGUUUGCAGACCAGAUACCGGACAUUAGCUGUAACAGUAGCAAUGUACCUCAACCUCAACCUCAGUUGGGAGCAGAAACCUUUUGAAGAAGGCCCCACAAGAAAAGUCAUUGGGUCACACUGUUUUUGAGGCAUCAUAAUGCAUGCGUCACACUAGAAGGAAGAUGGAGGAGAAAUGGCCCAUCUUGACUGGACUCCCAUUUUCAAAUCCUCUCUUUAAACACAGCCCAUUUUUUUCCAUUAAUUUUUAUAACUAUUUAUUGCAUUUCAUACAGCAUGUGUCCAGUGUCUUAUUUUUAUAUUUUUAAAGAAUGGGAUUUUGUUGUAUCCCUCGCUUGUACAUGUGGAAGUGUAAUUGUGCUCUGGAAUUUUCAAGUUUGUUAUUACAG